AAGAACAUGAAAGCAGGCACGUUUCGAAUAGAACGAGAUGACACAGACAACUUAAGGUAAAGUUCUCUCUAACUCUUCAGGAGCAGUCAAUUUAAAAGGUAAGGUAUUCAGGCUAAGCAUAGUCUUGACCGUAAUGAUGUCAGUUAUACUACGAAGAAAUAACAGGAACAAAGCAAGAUGGAAUCCGAGAAGAAGUGAUACUUCUGAUAAGCUCUUCCCAGGCAUGCGUUGUGAGGAUUGUGCCAAAUUGAAGUUAAUGUUGGAUAGUAUAAAUAAUCAUGAAAAAGAUUAUAAGAUUUGAAUUGGGAGUAUGAGAGGUUGAAUAUCUAAUCAUAUAUUCGAUCAAGACCCAUCUUAACUUUAAGUAACCAAAAGCUUCUUUAAAAAUCCAAAGUAUAUAAAGCUGAUGGAAUUUGUUGACGAAUUACAGUUGAAUAUAAAUUCUAAAUUUGAGAACUACAACCCCCUCGAAGAGUCUGACAGCGAAAAUGCUCCACCAGAGUCUCUUUAUGAUGAAUUGUUCUACUUAUUCAAAGAAUACUCUGUGUCUAAAGAAGAAUUUAAGUACAUUAAAGAGCACACGAUAAAUGAUUCAAAAUUCUACGAUCUUAAAACCCAGGUUGAAAUGUUGAGAAGAGACAUGAAUUCCACUGCUCAUAACAUAGAUGAGAUAUCAACAUUGCAUAAAAAUAAAUUAAACACUCUAAAGAAUGAAAUCAGAGAUGCUUUUGCCUUAGCAAUGUCUAAAACAGAUCUAUCUGAAUUCACAAAUCUUCGAGAUCAACUUAGGAAGAUGACUCCGAUGACUGAGUUCAAAAAGAUGUACAGCACUAUCUCCAUGUACGCUACAAGGGAUGAGAUCCAGACUAUGAAGUACAAACUAGAGGAAUCCUUGAAGACAGAAGAUAUCAUGAGCCAAAUAAAAGAGACCAAGAGCUUCUUUGAGCAGCAAAUAAACAAGUUCAUUAUGAAAGAUGAUUUUAGUGAAACAUUUAAAAUGAUAGAUGAUUCUUUGGAAAAUUACCGUAAGGUGAUCCAUGAACAGACCAAGAAACUCAGUAAACUCAAAGAUGACCAGAGUGACAUCAAAGAGAAGCUAUCUCAUAAGCUAGAUGCUUCUUAUAUUGAGCAAGAGAACAAGAAAAUUUGGGAUAACUUCUCUAAUUAUUGUAGUUUUCAACAUCUUGCUGAUUUUAGAAAAGAGAUCAGGCCUAAGGUUAAAUCUUGUGAGAAAAUAGUCUGUGAUUGCAUUCAAAUCUGCACUGAGAAUAAAGCAAUGAUACGAAGAUUUGAUGAAGUUAUCUGUGAGAAAGCCUCUAAAUUUACAAUUAUAAAACUUUAUAAAGACAUUGAAGUCUUUCUAGAAAAAGAGAAAUUUAGAGAUUUCAAAUAAUGUUUUUGAGGCAUCAUGAAAAGGGUUUAAUGGAAAGAUCAUCGAGCUGAAAGCAGAGCUUGAUCAGCUUCAUAUCAAACUCAGUGGAGAACUUACAGAUUUGCUUGAAGACACUGCUAAAAUUGUCAAAAAAUCAAUUAUUAGUGAGAUAGGAGGAUCUCCUAUUGACUCAAAAGAAUUAGCAAAGUUAUUACUUUUGAAAGCUGAUAAAUCUCUCCUUGAAAAUGAGAUGAAAAAUAAAGCAGAUGUGGAUCAUAUAAAUUACAAUGAUAACAAAAUUCAUCUUAUUGAGAAUCAGUUUAAACAAUUUCUGCAGGUUUUCAUUGGAGUUCUGAAGACAAGCUUAGCAAAAAGUGUAUACAUCCCUAAUAACGAGCAUGUUAAUGAUACUGCUAGUUAUUUGAAUCAGGUAGAAAGCAUAUACUCUAAAUUUUCAAAUUGUUCACAAAAAGACCUGCAUAAGAUCCCCAAAAUAAAAUCUCGUAUGCUAGAAGAUUUAAAACACAAUUCAAAAUCACAUCUAAAAAUUGACAGAAUAAAGCUUCCCUUCAAGGCAAGCCAAAUCUUGAAGAGAGGCAGACAGGCACUGAGUCCUGACUUCUCUUUAUCAGCUUCAGGUUCGAAAUCCUUACUUCCUUCCCCUUUCUUGAGUAGAGAUCCUUCUAAAAAUUUAUCAAAGAGUUCAAUGUACAUGUCAAAGAUCUUGGAUAAGGCUUCACUAGAAGGAACACUUGAUGGAUCUCAGCUAGAGAUUAGGAAUAGUAAAGCAGGUGAAUCACUAGGGCCUUCAGGGGUGGAAGGGUUUAAGGUUGAUGUCAUGAGGAAGAAUGUGGGGAGGAAGAGAGGAGCGUUAUAGGUGAUUGAUCAGAUUUUAAUGAUACAAAAUAGAAUGGUUAAGUUUAUCUUUGUUUUCAAUAAAAUGUUUUG